AUGAGGAAACACAUUUUAUAUGAAUUUCUCCACGACUAUUUGAUAUGUGUAAUCUGGAAGAACCCCCCUUCUAUUAAAAUAAAUAAAUAUGCAGACGUCGCCAUUGUCUUAAUCUCAAAAUCGAUUCCAUCCAUAUGGGGCAACCAAAUCAAUUUACUCCCUGAUAAGGCACGGAGUAUUCCUUGCGAAAUCUUAUGUAAGGAGCAUAAUAUUUAA